GUGAAUUGUAAGGAUCAGAUCAGAGUGCACACAGUUAUGAGAUAGGAGAGGUAAUGCAUUUAUAGUAAGAUCACCUCACUGCAUUGCUAUUAGUCUAAGGCAGCAGCAGAAGUUGCAGAAGCUGAUGUGCUACAUUUCUACGGCAUGUUCCAGAAGCAGUGCCAUCUCGGCAGAUUCAGUCCAAUCCUUUCUACUGUUUUUUUCAAGCCUUCCAGCUGAGGAAACAACAUGUUAAAGGAUAUAAAGAAGAACAUUGCUAUCAGCAAAGAGGAGAAGAACCGGACUACGGUGUUACAUGGUUUUAUUCAGCCCAGAUAAAGUUGUGAAUUCAUGGACCCUUCGGACUUGCACAGGACAAGAAAGAGUUAAAAACCACAUGGAUCUGCAAAGCUGUCUCAUUUAAGUUCUGGGAUUUAAAUUUGUUAUUCGAGGAGAAAAUUAAUGUUGAUUAAAAACUGAUGGCCAGCUCCUGGAUUCUGCAUGUGUUGGGACUGCUGUUGACUAUAUCUACAUGUGUGAUUGAGGGUCAGGUUGAUUCGGAUGAUACUGUUACCAUGGAGGAACAGAUCUAUCUUCUCUUGGAAGCAAAAGUGCAGUGUGAACUUAAUAUUACAACACAGCUGCAAGACGAAGAUAGUAACUGUAUGCCUGAAUGGGAUGGACUGGUUUGUUGGCCUAGAGGAAUGCCAGGGAAAAUACUUGCAGUCUCUUGUCCUUCAUAUGUCUAUGACUUUAAUCACAGAGGUCUGGCCUAUAGGCGAUGCAAUACCAAUGGCACUUGGGAUUUUGUUCACACUUUAAACUUAACAUUUGCCAACUACUCUGAAUGUCUACGUUUCUUAGGACCGGAAAUGAGCCAAGGAAAAAGAGAAUUUUUUGAGCGUCUUUACGUCAUGUACACAGUGGGAUACUCCAUAUCUUUUUGUUCCUUGGCAGUUGCUAUAUUCAUCAUUGGAUACUUCAGGAGAUUGCACUGUACCAGGAACUACAUCCACAUGCACCUGUUUGUAUCAUUCAUGCUAAGAGCUGGGAGUAUCUUCAUUAAAGAUAAAGUGGUUCAUACACAUAUAGGAGUGAAAGAACUAGAUGCGGUUCUAAUGGGUGAUCUUAGAAGUAUUAUGGUUUCCCCAGUGCUGGACAAAGCUCAGUAUGUUGGAUGUAAAAUCACAGUUGUAAUGUUCAUUUACUUUCUGGCAACAAACUACUAUUGGAUUCUUGUGGAAGGACUCUACCUGCACAGUCUGAUAUUUGUGGCCUUUUUUUCCGACACCAAAUACCUGUGGGGGUUCACGCUUAUAGGCUGGGGAUUCCCAGCUGUAUUUGUAGUCAUAUGGGCAGUGGCACGGGCAACCUUAGCAGAUGCCAGAUGUUGGGAACUUAGCGCAGGUGACAUCAAAUGGAUUUAUCAAGCUCCGAUACUGGCAGCUAUUGGGUUGAACUUCAUCUUGUUCCUGAACACAGUGCGGGUUCUUGCAACUAAAAUCUGGGAAUCAAAUGCAGUGGGUUAUGAUACCAGGAAGCAGUACAGAAAGUUGGCUAAAUCUACACUGGUUCUCAUCCUUGUGUUCGGGGUCCAUUACAUUGUGUUUGUGUGCCUGCCACACACAUUCACUGGCCUAGCUUGGGAAAUUCGGAUGCAUUGUGAACUCUUCUUCAACUCUUUCCAGGGCUUCUUUGUCUCAAUAAUAUACUGUUAUUGCAAUGGUGAGGUACAAACAGAAAUCAAAAAGACAUGGACUAGGUGGAAUCUUGCCUUUGACUGGAAAAGCACAACUCACUGCAGUAAUUUUAGAUAUGGAUCUGUCCUGACCAAUAUGACCCAUAGCACUAGCAGUCAGUCUCAGAUGGUAACCAGCUCUCGCAUGGUGCUGAUCUCCAGCAAAGUGAGUCGAAGUGUAAGCAAGCAGGCUGAUGGGCACAUGAAUUUACCAGGGUAUGUCCGAAGCAACUCUGACCAUGACUGUUUGCCUCAAUGGAUCCAGGAAGAAACAAACGAGAAUGAAGAAAAGCAAGUUGAUGACAUAUCAUUAAAAGAAAAGCAGAGACCUUUGCAACUUAGUGCCCAGGUAGAAGUCAACAGAAAUGACAUUGAGGAAACAUUAUAGUUGGCUUCUCAGGAACAGGAUCCUGACUACAUCCAGUCGGAACCAUGAUUUUAAUGUUUGCUUUAUUUAUUUGUUUCAUAUAGAGAAGAGAACACUUUGCCUUUGGAAGUUCCUGACGCAUGGCUCAGUGAUUAGAUCUUAUUUACAGUAAGCAUGAUCAUGUUUAUAAGCAAUGUACAUGACAUUUAUAAAAGCACAAAUAAUGACAUUUGAGAACGAUAAAUAUGUAUAAAUUACUCGAUCUGUAAUCAAAAUACUGUCUGUGAGGUAAGAUGUGUAUAUAAAUUAUAUAUAUAUUCUGUAAACUAUUACGGUAAAAUAUUAAAUAUCUCUAUAAAAAGUCAAGAAUUUCUGUUUGAAAAGGUUUUUUCUAAAUUCAGCAAGUAUAUUAACUGUAAAAUCAUGAUAUAUUGCAUAAUAGACUUUAUAGCUAUGAGACGAUAGUCCGAUUUUCUAUUAGCUGGAGGUACAAGGUACAGUGCACUGAACUGUAUUUGGCCUAGAAGAUCAGUGAUCAGCCUUUAAUAUGAAAUCUAAUGACCCUGGUUUGAUCCCCUGUGACUCUGGACUGGUCACUUAAUCUCCUGGUGUUCUGGCAUAGUUAGUAUGAGAAUAAGCUCUGUCUUGCUUGCUCUAAAGUGCUUUGAGUCCCAUCGGAGAACUACAAGGGAGCCCUGUUCUUUACAGUUAUUUUCCAAGUUGUAUCUGCAGGGCUCCCUCUCUGUAUUGCACAUGUGCAUGCUCUUAUUUUUGGGCCAAUGAAUAGAUUGUCCCCAACAGAUUGCCAUUGAUUUUACAUUUUCUCACCCUGUCCAGACACUUUUUUUAGUGCUAAAUCCUACCUCCAGGUGGUGCUAGAGUACGCUGCAGUACAUUGCUUCUGAUGGACGAAGGCCAUUGCACUCUAGCACCAUCUAGAGGCAGGAUUUAGCACUAUAAAAUGAUUCCGUGACACUGUGCACAUCAAUGUGAAAUCCUGAUGGCUUCAUCUGUAACUUACACAAUGAAGUAGACGCAACCAUUGGUGAAAAUACAGAGAAAACAGACCCUGUGGCCAUGUAGGGACCCAGGUUUGCUUCCUCUAAAGGGGAGCCUGCAAUUUUGCAAGUGUCCGGCAGGUCAUCUGUAAUUUUGGCCAGGGGUUGGCAGCACCACUGGAUGCAACUUCCACAUUAUUUACAAACAAAGCCAAUUAACAAAAUGUGAGUAUUUUUGGUGACAUGGCAAGCAUAAUUAUCCUGGUAUACUGAGGGGAAAUGCUGCACCCUUGAAAAAAAAAGGUAAAUGGCACAUAUAUUUGCACUUGCUCUGUUAAUUAACGAGGCACAGUAUUUUAAUACUUUGAAUUGCAGUCACAUUCUACUUCAUAUCAAUGCUUAUUUCAGGAAAUUGCUUUCACAUUUUAAUAUGGAGGAUAAAGCUAAUACAAUCAUCUAAGUAAUCCCCUGACAUAUUUUCUACAGAGUUAACAUGUUUACAUGUUUGGUCUCUGGAUGUAGUGGAGACAAUAAAACUAAUUUGAAUAUUUCCAAUGUUCAGAUACAAUAUGUGCAGUCUUAUUUGGAAGAAAAGAUGAUAGCAUUAAUUGCCUCGCUGUACUCUAUUUUUUAUGUGAAUGGGUCUUUCUCACGUUUAAUUAUGUGUGUAUAUAUAUAUAUAUAUCUAUAUAUAUAUGUAUAAAGUGUACAUAAAGAUUUCUUUUAAGAAUGCAGGGACAAAAAUAUAAUGCAACGAAUUUUUUUUCUUGCAUGAAUUAGCAAAAAGAGUGUAUGGAUCCCACAGCAAUGGCCAUGUUUUAAACAGAAACUCAUGAAUGGCAUAUAUCUUCUUCCAACCUCCAUGUAUUCAUUUUAUUAAAUGGUUGUGUUGAAUUGUAAAGAAUAUUUUCAUAUUUUUAUUUAUGAAGAUGAUGAUAGUCUGUUGAACGAUACAGUUUUUGCCUUGGAACUGCCCUCUAGAGCAGUUACUGUUAAAUUAGCAAAGAACACGUUAAAUUUUUAAGGCUGAAAAGGUAAAACCCAAUAGCCCAGCAUUAACGUCCUUCAAAAUAACCAAUUUCUUUUGAAAUAUAGAUGGAAAUUGAAAUAUACAGAAAAUCUAUAAAGGUAUACAUUAAGGGACUUGGGUUUUACACUUGACAUUGAUUCCUUCUAAAAUGAUAUGACUUGCUGUAUGAUGAAUUUAUUUCCAUAAUAAUGAAAAUUUAACACAAUAUUAAAAACACAUAUUUGCA